CCCGCGGCGAAAUAUCAGCCACCCAAGGCCGGCCGGCAUGGAGUCGCGUCGUCAUCACCAGAGGUCCCGCAGCGUCCGCGGCCCACCCCUCCCGCCUCACCACCACCCCCGCCACCACGCGCCCCCGCACCACCACCGCCCCCAGAACCCUAGCCUCUCCCCCGCCGCCGCCGCCUCCCACGUCUUCCACCCGCGCUUCCCGAUGGAGGACGACGCCGUCUCGACGCUCAUGGACAUCGACGACUCGCCGCUCGGCGCCGCGGGGGCCGGCUUCCUCGACGAGGACGGCGAGGAGGAGUUGUUCCUCGCCCCGCACCGCGGGGGCCGUGGCGGAGGCACUGCCGAGGUCCGCGGGCCCCUCCCCUUCUCCACGUUCUACAACAACUUCGACGGCGCCGACUUCGACGACGCCGACCUCGCCUGAGGGGGAGCCGCCGCGCGGGUUCGGUAAUGGGGGCCGUUCGUGGGCCGCGAUCUGAGGAAAGUUAGGGAUUUGUCUGUCAUGUUCUGUCGAUAUCGUGAUGGGACUUUUAAUUAGCGUAUCUGUUGAGACUCGUUUCGAGACAUCUGCCAGACGAUUUGGCAUCAAUCUAGGUACCUUUCUGCUGCGUUGUUUGCGGAUCAUUGUGCAUUCACUUGCUCGUCAAUUUUGGCAUUUUGGAAUGAUCGCUUUGAUCUGUUUGAAGUA